GUUACAUCGUUUUAACGGCGGAAGGUAAUAAGUCGAUAACAAGGAGACUCGUUUGUUAUUUUGAUACCCGACCUACUUUCGCAUCCUUCGCUUGCCCACUUCGUCACGAAGCCGCGGCGCUCCUUCCUCUUCGUCUGCUUUUCCCUUUACAACCUCGAACCCUUGACGCGAAGCAGGCUUGCAGCUCAGAUAUGAAGGUGGGUUUAUUGAAGUGGGAAGUUCUUAAACAUCUAAAGGGAGGUUUAGGGAAACCGAUGUUUCUACUAGGCUUCUAUAGAGGUUCUCAGGCAUGUUUAUCGACUAUGCCAUUUGAUGAGUACAAAGAGAAGAAUGAAAUCGAGGAUGACAAUUUUAUUGAUGACAAGAAAGAAUUGGAACCACAAGGUGUAGACCCCAUAAAGGGCUGGGGCUUCAGAGGUGUACAUAAGGCGAUUAUUUGCGGAAAAAUUGGUCAGGCUCCUGUACAGAAAAUAUUAAGGAAUGGCAAGACUGUGACCAUAUUCACUGUUGGAACUGGAGGUAUGUACGACCAAAGAAUUACUGGAGCUGAGCAUUUGCCAAGACCAGCUCAGUGGCACCGGAUUGCUGUUCAUAAUGAAUGGCUUGGAGCAUAUUCUGUCCAACAGUUAGAGAAGAACUCUGCUGUUUUUAUUGAGGGGGAUAUUGAAACCAGAGUCUACAAUGACAGCAUCACUGGCCAGGUGAAAAAUAUACCUGAAAUUUGUGUGCGCCAUGACGGAAAGGUUCGCUUGAUUAAGUCUGGGGAUAAUGCUGCCAGCAUGUCUUUGAAAGGACUGGGAUGAUGAAUCGUUUUGAACAUUUAUGGUGGUUUACCUGCUUGUAGCUUCAGAUCAAGUAUCUGUCAGUCAUACCAUAGCGGGUACACUCGUUGCAAUGAUCAUCAAAUUUUAUGAUCUGUAACUUCUCUUGUUGUUUACUUCACUGCUAAGAAGGAUUGCUGAGUUGUGUUUCUUGAUCACCUCCGUACACUAAAACAGUGUAGAGAUUUGAAGUUUCCAUUUGACAUCCUCAAUAUGGAUAUUGAAAUCUUCU